AUGACUCAGAACUGCAGGGCACUGAAGCAAUACUUGGAAGACCUAGUGGCAGCUGGACACCUAAGGGAUUACAUUGAUCAGGAUAAGGAAAUGACCGAACCAGGAAACCCACCACCAGAAGAAAACAUUGAGCAUCCACCUCGGCUGAUAAUAAAUGUGAUUCACAGGACAGCGAUUCAGGAAUCUGAGGAGGCACUGAAGGAAGAGAUUGCUAAGGCUGCGCAAAUUCAGCGGAUCAUGUCAGUGAAGCCUGCAUCAAAAAAGGUACGUACAGUACCUAAAUCCCCCUUGUGCACAGUUUCAUUUACUAGCAAAGACUUAGAAGGCAUACAGCACCCACAUACUGAUGCAUUAAUUAUAACUGUGGGAAUUGGAAAACGAUUUGACGUAAAACGAGUCCUAGUAGAUCAGGGCAGUACAACAGACAUACUGUAUUACGAUUUAUUCAGAAAGCUUGGUGUCUCCGAGCAGCACCUCACCCCAGUGGCAGCCCCGUUGGUCAGUUUCACUUCACAGCCAGAAUGGCCGCUUGGCAGAAUAGUGUUGCCAGUCGUGGUGGGGACAAAAACCCUCCAGAUAGAGUUCUUGGUUAUUAAUACAUUAUCCCCUUACAACGCCAUACUUGGCCAUCCGUGGAUUCAUCGAAUGGAAGCAGUCCUCUUAACCUAUCACCAGCUCAUCCGUUUUCCAACGGAACACGGAGUAGAGCAGAUUUCAAGGGAUCAAGUUGCGCCCAAACAUUGCUUCAUCACAGCAUUAAAGGUAAAACAGCUCUGCAAUCGGGUACAGAUGGUAGAAGUGACCGAACAGCCAGUCUUGGAAGAUGUAAGGGGAACCCCAGAGGAAAAGAUAGUAGAGGAUUUAGAGAAAGUCCUGGUAAAAGAAAAUGACCCAGAAAAAUACUUCCUUAUCGGUACCUCGCUAGGCGCUGAUGACAAACAUUAG